CAUUGAGUUGCAGAUGAUGCAUGCAAAAGUCCAUUCAAUGCCACCCAAUUUUUUCUUUCUUCUCUCCCUCCUCACUUACCCUUUUCCUUUUCCUUGCCUUCUCCCUCCCUCCCUGUACAUACGACGAAAGCAGAGAUAUCGAAAUGCACGAACCUCCUUACCAUAGAACACCUGAAAGAGGAAGCAGAAACCUAGCAUCGUGCAUGGUGGCCACAGUUUUCUUGCUCUUCCUCAUCACCGCCGGCACGACCGUCUUUUUCUUCCUCUUCAAGCCCAAGAACCCGAGAAUCGCCGUCGAAGCCGUGCAACUCCCGACCUUCUCCUCCUCCAACGGCACCGCGAACUUCACCUUCUUCCAGUACGUGUCGGUGACCAACCCAAACCGCGACGCCUUCACGCACUACGACAGCUCGCUCCGCCUCCUCCACUCCGGCAGGCAAGUGGGGCUGGUCUUCAUCCCCGCGGGGCAGAUCGACGGCGGCCGCACCCAGCGCAUGUCCGCCAAGUUCGAUGUGGAGAGGUACCCCCUUCCCCUGGGCAGCGGCGGCGGAGGAGGAGAUCAGAAGAUGAUGAUGAUGGAGAUAGAGACGAGGAUGGAGGUGAGCGGGAGAGUGAGGGUUUUGCGGUUGUUGACGCACCGGGUGGAGAGUCGGGCCAGGUGCCGUGUUGCUGUUGAAGUCAGGGGUGGGGGUGGCUCGGUGCUCGCUCUCCAUUGCUGAUUUUCUUCAUUAGUUUUUAAAUAAAUAUAUGUACUAUUUCUACUUUAUAAGUUUAAGUAAUAAUUAUCUAUCUAUAAAUUUAAAUUUUAAAUGUCUAUAAAUUUUAAUUUUAAUAGUUACCAGAAAAAUAACCUCUCUCCGAUAAUUCCAACUUUAUUGUCAUCAUUGCUCUAGUGAAUAACUAAUUGUUGUUGUUGCUGCUGUAAAGAUCCAUCCAUCCAAAAAAAGAAAAAAAAAAAUAGAGAAGGAAA